AUGACUGCCACAAUAGAUGCAGGCCUUCUCAAUCAAUGGGAGAGUGUGAUCUAUGUUGCUUAUCUAGCAUCAGUUACAGCGUCUUUCGUUCUUUACGCCCCAUCCUUUGUUGGUGGCCGAGCUCUUCAGCAGAAACCACAAACCAGAGUCGUCCGAUUAGCUAUCAUUGCUAGCAAAGCUCUCAUUUUUUGUGCCGAGAGCGGGCCUGCUCGCCUGGUCGAUCCUACUGGUCCCUUUGCAGCUGUUCUCUGCUGGAGCGCAGCACUCUUCCUCACGUUCCCACAGUAUGCCGUAGUUUUCCAGAGCCAAGUGGCUCUUUACAUCGGCAUCAUUCUUGAAAUUCUUUUUGACGCUCUUGUCGCUCCCCAGCUUACCAUGUUUUUCCACACACCAUCCAUUUCAUCAAUGGUGACUAUGUCUAUGGUGGUUAAUCUCGUCUUACUUGCACACCCUCCACCUGAUCUGGAGGCUGUUGCCCAAUCCCAACUUUGGUCAUUCACUAUGCCUAUUCAGAUGUUCAGGAACACCACAAUUUGCAUCACACGAGAAACUCUGGACCCGGGCCACGAAAACGCCAAUCCUGCCCAGCAGCUGCCUGACGAACAAUAUGUCGCUGCUAUUGAGGAAGAUCUUCUGGCUUUACAAACUAGAUAUCGCACAGGUCACGAUUCUGUCACUGAUCUGUCUACUUCGUUGCUGUCUUUACUGCUACAAGAUUGGGCCGCAGUUCUCUUUACAUUACUUCUCUUUAUUGCUCUAAGCCUCUCCCAAGCCCUGUUUCUGUUGAACACCCUCAAUCUAUUCAGUUUGAGCGUCUCAAAACUCAAUAUCCAACACGUCCACUUUGUCUUUGCAACGAUAGUGGUCUACACUGGCAUGGCGGUUACAAUAGCAAAAUUUAGUAUAUUUGCCGCUGGCGCUGCACAAAGAUCUAAGCGGGGUAUUCUUGCUUUGGGAGAGAAUAUCCUCGGUCUUUUGGCAUUGUUAUAUACUAUAGGCACUAUCCCCUGUUUUAUUCUGGCGAUUGGUAUUGGGCGAAACAUGUACAAUAUGGCCGAGCCCUUCCGCGUUCGGAAGAAUCAGCAAGCACCAUCAGAUCUUGCGAAAGAAAUAUUCGUAGCGACUAAAGAAAUGAUUGGGAGCUUGGUGCCUUUGAAAAUGAUGGGACUCGAAGAUGUCUAUUUCACAAAAAUCCAGCGAUUAAAGGCCGCUGAACUCCUGGCGUGGACUGACAUCCGUAUCGGCCAGAAGUAUCAUGCUGUUGAGUACUUUUUCAUUCUAGGCUAUACAACUUUGGUCCUUCUAUUAACCAUGAUUUGGAAAUCCAAAGUUGAAGGUAUAUCAAUCAUGACUACAGCGCCGGUUGCAGCAGUUCUAUUUUAUAGAGCUGGUAAUACAAUGAAUCUUAUGAUGGAUAUUCGCGCCCUACCCCGCAUCCAAAGCAGUCUUCAGCAGAUUGAUGAGUUUCUUUCUGUUACUGAGAGAACGGAGUCAAGACAGUUUACGAAGGCUGAUAUCACAUCAAACGCUCCGAUCAUCAAAAUCGAGGGGCUUACCUGCCGUCUGAAUGGUGGCACAGAUGUCCCAUUCAACAAGCUUGACCUCUCUUUGAAAGCUGCGACAGUGUCUGUGCUACGUGGACCAAGCGCCUCUGGCAAGACCGCCCUGAUGGAAUCGAUACUUGGAGAAAUUGACUUUGCAGAGGGGAACAUCGAGAUGCUCGAUAGCGCUACGGCAUACUGUGGUCAAGAUGUCUGGCUCCAAACCACUUCUAUGAAAUGCAACAUCAUUGGCGCGUCAGACGUUGACAAUGCAUGGUAUGCUCUUGUCGUAGAGGCUUGCGAUCUACAGGUCGAGUUCGACAAGUUUCCGCAAAACGAUUCAACAAUUAUCUGCACCAACGCUAUCAACCUUGGUCUUGGUCAAAAGAUGAAGAUUGCACUUGCUCGAGCCAUUUACUCCAAGGCGCCAAUUCUUCUUUUGGAUGAUGUAUUUUCCGUUUUCGACAACGCAAUGGCUUUGAACCUUGCCGACCGACUUUUCUCUCGCGACAACGGCUUCUUAAGACAGCAUGGUACCACGGUGGUUUUAGCUGCACAAGCUUUCCCCACCCCGGCUCUAGUCGAUGCUGUAUACGAUAUCAAACAUGAUGGCGCUUCCGAAAUUUCUCAGCAAAGUCUUAUGCUAGCAUCAACCUCAAGCACCUUAUCCCUCCAGGGCAGGCGGCCUCAAGAACAAGUGCAGCCACCAAUGAUCGACUACAUGGCUGCAAUUCCGGCUAGAUACAACCAGUUAUCAACGAUGCAGCUUUUACGUUUUGUGCUCAAAGCAUUUCUAACAAAAAAGGCUUUUUUCAUAUGGGCAUCUCUGCUUUGUUUUAGCACUACACUAGAAUGGUGUAUUGAAGCGACUAUCUGGACGGACGCUCAAUUACUAAGCCAUAGCUUGUAUUAUUCGCUAACAUGGUUGGCAAUGGGCAUCUUGCUUGUUAUUGCUAAUUUCUAUGAGAUGGAUAUGUUCAAGCUGAAACUAGUUCCUCAAUAUGUGCAGUCGGCACAUGAUAAGAUGCUUGAGGCAAUGCUCUGGUCAUCUGCAGCCUGUAACCCUACCAACUCCUCUGAAGUUGAUACAACCAUGACAGAAGACAUGUUCGCUGCUACACGACAAUUACCUACACAUAUUGCUAAGUUCUUAUGUACUGCAACUGCUCUAACCAUCUACUUCGGCAUCAUAGCGUCUGUUAUAGAAUACUCUGUGUAUUCUGUCAUCGCUGCAGCCAUCAUUCUCUACAUUGUUCAGAAAGUAUUUAUCACGGCAUCGCAAGCGGCCGACAAGCUCUCAGCAGCAGCCUCCAUCAAGCUGAAAUCCAAUUUCUCAAACGUUAUAGAUGGUUUAACUUAUAUCAACAACUUGAAGUGGAACAAGCAGAUCUGGAGGCAACUUCUUACAGAUUUGAAAGCAAGUCAAAAGGCGGACAAUGAGAAACUCAGACUGGACCCGUGGCUUUCCAUGGCUGUCGACUUGAUUGUCGCUGGCAUAAUGCUAAGUCUUUCUCUUUCUUUGACGAUGUUUUAUGAUCGUGUCAACACAUACACUAUCAGCUUGGGUAUAUUGACGAUCUGUAAGUUUCAGGCGACUACUGUAGAUCUCAUGCAACAUCUUCUUGGGUUGGCGACGAAAAAAGAGUCACUCUCUCGAAUGGAAUACUUCUAUUCCAACUUCAAGUCAGAAGAGCUGAGAGAAGCAGUGGUCCUGCCUGAGAGGUGGGGUGAAGACGCAUCCAUCGAGUUUAACCGCGCCGUCAUUGGCAAUCAUGCUCCCAUCACAGGUAUCGCCAUACCAGGCCGGUCUGUCACCAUCAGGGGACGUAGUGGAAGUGGCAAGUCACGUGUCUUGCUUGCCCUCUUAUCACUGGUUCCGUAUGAAGGAUCUAUCAAGAUUGCGGGUCAGGAGGUUCGCGAGAUCCCUCCGCGAGAGCUUCGCAAGCACAUCUCCACUAUCACACAAGAGCCGUUUGACCUGCCGGGCACUGUUGAGGACAACCUCUUCCUGUAUAAGCUGCGCAAUCCAGAGAUUACCGGACGGGUAUGGGAUCAAGUCACAGCGUUUCUCUUGGCACAGAUUGGUAUACUCGAUGCCCUGGGCGAUUAUUACGACGCCCCCUUUAGCCAGCUUCACCUCUCGUAUGGUCAACGCCAAGGCGUGAACAUUGCCAGAACUGCGCUGCAUAAGUUUCAGACGUCAAAUUUCAUUCUUUUCAUGGAUGACGCUUGUGGUAGACUUAAUCACGAGACUGCAGCUGUUUAUCAACAGGUAGUGAGGGAAUGCUUCUUUGGCAAUGCCAGUAUCAUGGUUAAGACGGCCGACUGCGAUCUUGUGGUGGAUGGAUUACUGCCACUGCCUGAGCCCGUGGAUCCAUAUACGGAUCCCUUCGCUUAGGUUUCCGUUCUCGACUUUGCUUUUUCUUCUUUUGGUUGUCUUUGCACUGCUUACGCUUUAUUCUUCGUUGCUCCUUGUUUCAUUGCAUGAAUGGUUUGUUGUUUCGCGCAGGCGCUGCACUUCGUCCAUAUUUAAUUUCUUGAACAUUUUUGCUAAAUAAUAUUCUUUGUUCCUCUAA